CGAGGCAGUUUUCAUUGCCUGCAAACCGUUUCAUGACGCCAAGCACCUUCGAGAAGGCAGAUGACGUUCCCCGGAAAACCCUAAACCUCUCUAUAAUCAACGACUCACCACAUGUAACUCAUUGAUCAUUUCAGCGUUGUAUAACAUUCUUCUACAAGGCGUCACAAGCUUUGAGCUCGAAAUGGGCAGAUUGAGCUGGAUUAGGCUUCCGUCAAGAUCAUUUGUUCAUAAUAUUUUGUCUCCGCAUAGAGUUGUUGCUGAAUCAGCCGUUAGAAGCACAAUUUUGCGCUGCCCUAGGAAAUUCCAACGAGCAUUGUCGCAGAGUAGAUCUAUGUACAGUUGCAAUGUUAUUGGUAUGGCAGCAAGUUUUGCAACUGGUGAAUGUCCCUCAUCAAGGCAUUUUAUACACUCUACAGGAGUUUGUCACUCUAUGGAAAAAGAUUAUUAUGAUCUCUUAGGAGUUUCUAAAGGCGCCAGCCCAGAAGAGAUUAAAAAGGCUUUUCAUGUGCUUGCAAAAAAAUACCAUCCAGAUGCCAAUAAGAAUAAUCCAUCUGCAAAGAGGAAGUUUGUAGAAAUAAGAGAUGCAUAUGAGACUCUGCGAGAUCCUGACAAGAAAAGACAAUAUGACAUGGCAAAGGAACAUUCACAAAAAACUGAAGAUUCAAACUUUGGCUAUGGGAGUGCGGAAGGAUUUAGAUACAGCGGAAACUUCAAUGAUUUCUCUCAUUCUUUCCAAAAAAUAUUUUCUGAGAUAUUUGAAAAUGAGACAGAAGCUUUCUCAGAUGAUAUUCAGGUGGAGCUUUCUAUUUCUUUUAGUGAAGCUGCUAAAGGAUGCACAAAGAAUUUGUCAUUUGAUGCAGAUGUCCCCUGUGAUUUAUGUUGUGGGCAUGGCUACCCACUGAAUGCAAAGCCAAGAGUCUGUCCAACAUGCCAAGGCCUUGGGCGAGUUACUGUCCCCCCAUUCACGGCAACAUGUAGCACUUGUAAAGGAUCUGGAAGAACCAUUAAGGAAACUUGUAAGGAAUGUAAAGGAUCUGGAGUUGUUGGAGGUGUUAAAGAUGUUAAAGUAACCAUACCACCAGGUAUGGAUUCUGGCGAUACUAUCCGUGUACCGAGAGCCGGGCAUGCGGGGAAGCGAGGGAUGCAACCAGGAAACCUAUUUAUAAAGCUGAAGGUUAAUGCAGAUUCUGUUUUUGACAGAGAUGGUGCUGACAUUUAUGUUGAUGCUAAUAUCAGUUUUACACAAGCUAUUCUUGGUGGUACGGUUGAUGUACCAACUUUAUCCGGGACAACAUCAGUGAAGAUACCAAAAGGCGUUCAGCCUGGGCAGCUGUUGGUACUUAGAGGGAAAGGCUUACCAAGGAGUGGCUUUAUUGUCGAUCACGGAGAUCAGUAUGUAAGGUUCCGCAUAAAAUUUCCAACAAACUUAAAUGAUAAACAACGGGAGAUUAUUGAAGAAUUUGCCAAGGAGGAAAUUAUGUACGGAGAUAACAUGUAUCCACAACAAAAUUGGCUUGAUCAGCAGGUAUGUUCUGGUUGAACUUACAGGUGGAAUCAGGUGCUGGAGAAAUAUGCAGUCGAACUCUCACUUCUGGCCUUCCUUCUGCUGCUUUACACAAUCCUGUAAUAUUGGAAUGGAGUUAAAAAGACCACAGAUUGAAAGAUAGUGGUCUUUCCUCAACCUCAAAAGUUUUUACUUGCUCUUCCAUUACCUGGUAAAUAAACAUUUGCUAUACAUAGAUUACAGGUCGUCCAUCUCUCCCAUGACAGCUUCCUUAUCGGGUCUAGAAACGUUUUUCUUUUUUAAUUUUAUUUGUAAUUUCCUACCCAAUACAGCUAGCAGGUGGUAAAUGGCGAUUUUAUUUACUGUUUUGGUCUUGUAAGUUGUCAGUUUUUACGCAGUUUUGUAAAGUUAGCAGUAUUGUCCACAAAAUAUGUGAAGUGGUAGCAUCUCCGCAGCAGAUACCAGAUGAGAACCGAGUAGGAUGUAUAAAGAAAAGGGAUCGUUCCACAUAUCCUUGUCGGGUAGGAUAAGCAUACACUAAAUGAAUGGGAGAGCAUUGGCUGGUGACGACAUAGAUGAUCUUAUCUUAACCGAUGUGGAAAGAUGAUUCUUGUGGCAUGUUAAAAUCACGUUUUCAUUGUCGUUCUUCAAUGUAAACAGUAUGCUAGAUAAUGAGAGAAUUAAUAAAUUCGGAGUAUUUUAUUUUAUAGGUUACCAUUUAAUGAUCUCAUAUCGUAC